AUGGGAGUAGCCUGUAUCUCAGGUGGCAUAACCGGCUUCCUGAGAACAGGCUCGAAACCGUCUUUAAUCGCUGGUGUGACUGUUGGAGCACUAUACCUGUGGUCUGGAGGAAUACUCCUCAACAAUGACCCAAGAGGUUACUAUGGAGCAGCUGGGGCCUCGGCUAUCUUGUUCCUUUCUUCACUCCCUCGAUUCACCAAAGGUCCUGUUCCAGCUUUAUUGACAGUUCUUUCCGCGGUCUCUGCCGCUCUUAAUCCACUGGUUGCUUUCAUUUUCUAUGCGGUCAACAUGUCUACCGUAUGUCUUGGCAAGGCUUCUACAUACAUCGACAAUGUCCAAAACAAUAGAACUGGAAAUUGCAUGGGAUCAGAUAGAGAAAUAAAAGGUUUACUUUGUGACUGGUUGGGUGCCGUUAGACCGUCCACAGGGGAAGGUGCCUUUCGUUACCGGGACGCCACAUUGUCAGGCCCUCAUUUUGAGGUAAAGUUGAAGUUUCGAGGUACUAUUAGGACGAUACCCUGCUUACUUGGGCAUCGUGAGAAUGGUCUAGUAGCUGCAAAGAGGCAAGAAAAAGAUACCAUUGGCUAA